AUGGCCCAGUCGCCUGCGCGAGGGCCAGUGGCGUCUGUGGUGGUGCCUAUACCCCAGGCGCAGGUGCCGGCUCAGGUGCCUGGUCAGUUGUCGAUUCAGUUGCCCGGUCAGGGGCACGUGCAGCCGCAUUCGCAGCAGCAGCAGCAGCCGCAAACAGCAGGAGCGUUGCCGCUGCUAGCGGAGGUGGUGGCUCAGACCGUCCUCAGGAGCGUGCUGCUCAGCACGCUCUCAGUCAACCCCUCCUCACCGCUCUCAACCCCUCUCUCCCACACCAGCACUCCCAGCAGAAGUGGUGGCUCAGACCCUCCUCAGGAGCGUGCGGGUGACAGGCAUCGUGGACAGGCACUUCGAGUUUGGCUACCACGCCUGUGUCAAGACCGGCUUCUCACAUGCGCAUCAUUCCGCAAUCUCACUCAACCCCCCCUCACCGUUCUCAACCCCCCUCUCUCCCUCGCACCAGCACUCCCAGCAGAGGUGGUGGCUCAGACCCUCUUGAGAAGCGUGCGGGUGACAGGCAUCGUGGACGGGCACUUCGAGUUUGGCUACCAUGCCUGUGUGAAGAUCGGCGGGCACAUCUUUAAAGGGGUGCUCUAUAACGCGGGCAUAGACCCCAACCCGUCCCAGCCCCUGCCUGGGGGGUUGCUACUCGGCACUGUAGCGCCCUCCACUCCCCAACGUGCUGCCGCCCCAACCCCUUCCCUCGCCACUCCUCUCUCCAUCCCCCCCGUGUCAGCAUCAGCCGCCGCAGCAGCUGCUGCUGCCACAUCGGGCACUCUACCUCUUUCUGCUGCUGCCUCUCCUUCCUUAGUCGCUAAAACAGGCUCGCCGUUACAAGUCCCCAGGCUAGGCUCGACCUUACUAGUCCCGAGUGUCGAGAUUCCAAGCACUUACCUUGCCUCUGUGCUAGGGGCAGCAGGAAGCAAGCAGAAACAACAGCAGCCGCAGCAGCUGCAGCAGCAGCAGCAGCAGCAGCAGCAAGAGCAACGGAAUGCAGUAUUUGUCACUCCGCGCUCUGGCAGCAGCGGCUGCAUCGUUGGAGAGCGAAUUCGCGGAGGUGGACAAGCUGUUGGGGGUGAAUCUGGGGGAAAAAGACAGGCCUCCCCACUCCCACUUCCACCGCCCACUCAUCUCCUCCCGUUUCACGCCCUCACCACACCUCAUUGGAGUAUAAUCCCAUCCUCUCCCCUCCCCCAGGUGGCAGCAGCGGCAGCUUCCCUGGAAGGCGAAUUCGCGGAGGUGGACAGGCUCGUGGCGGUGAACUUGAAGCGCGUUCUCGAUGCCUUCGCCUCUGCACGCGUGGGGCGACAUCAUUUCAGUGGAACGACAGGGUACGGUCACGGGGACGCAGGAGGCAGAGAGGCGCUUGAUUCGGCCUUUGCUCAAAUCGUUGGGGCAGAGGCAGCGUGUGUGCGUGCACAGUUCUUCUCAGGCACACACGCCAUCGCUGCUGCCCUCUAUGCCGUUCUGCGCCCUGGGGACGAGCUGCUGUCAGUGGCAGGGGCACCGUACGACACGAUGGAGGAGGUGAUUGGGCUCAGAGGCACGCCAGGGCACGGGUCGUUGAGAGAGUUUGGGGUGUCAUACCGGCAGAUAGAGUUGACCCCAGAGGGCGGGCUCGACUGGGAUGCUCUCAGCAUGCCAGGUGCGGUGGAGCAGCGGACGCGCUGUGUGUUGGUGCAGCGCUCGUGUGGGUACUCGCUAAGAGAAACACUUACUGUGGAGCAGAUCGGUCGCAUUGUGGAAAUAGUGAAGGCUCAGAACCCGUCAUGCGUUGUGGUGGUGGAUAACUGCUAUGGGGAGUUCGUGGAAGAGAGAGAGCCGACCCACGUGGGUGCAGACCUUAUAGCGGGGAGUCUUAUCAAGAACCCUGGAGGAACGAUUGCCCCCAGUGGGGGGUACGUGGCAGGGAGGGCGGACCUGGUGGAGGCUGCAGCUGCUAGGCUGGCUGCUCCUGGCAUCAGCUCGGGCGCCGGAGCAACAAGUGGUGAGGUGAUGCGGCUGAUGUUCCAAGGGCUGUUCCUGGGGCCGCAGAUGACAGGCGAGGCCAUCAAGGGCAGUCUACUCGUAGCAGAGGUGAUGGCGAAUGAAGGGUUUGCCGUUCACCCCCAGCCCCGAGCACGGCGGAAAGACAUCAUCCAGGCUGUCAUCCUCUCCUCGCCAGCUUGCCUCCUCGCUUUCUGCCAAGCUGUGCAGCGGCGGUGCCCUGUUGGGGCUUACAUCAAGCCAACAGCCGGGGUGACAGCAGGGUAUGAGUCGGAGGUGGUCUUUGCAGACGGCACCUUCAUUGACGGCAGCACAAUCGAGCUCUCCUGUGAUGGCCCCCUCCGCCAGCCCUUCGCAGUGUUCUGCCAG